UAACACAUAUCGAGGUGUUCUACGGCACUUCCUGUUGCAAGGAUUUGUGUAAUUUUGAUAUCUGUGGCCUCGGUUAUAAAUCUACUACACAGACGUCUCCAGUAAUAGUGAUAGAAGAAAGGAAAAGAAAUGGCCACUGCAUGUGAAAAUCCAUCAGAAGUCGCGGUUAGCGUUUCUAAACAUUGCAGACUGGUGUUGGAACAAUAUGAAAAGCAGAAAAGCAGUUGGCCCGAGUUUGGAAGGCACAUUUUGGCAUCUUUCGACGACAAGUCCAUCAUUGUGUAUCAAGCGUACAAACCUUCCAUUGCAACAUUUGCUGUUGAGAACCAAAGAUUUGGUGGACCUGACUUCCAAUUUACCAGAAUGUCCUGGAUCAAAACAAAUUUUUUAUGGAUGAUGUAUAGAUGUGGCUGGGCAACUAAACAAAACCAACAGAGAGUGUUAGCUGUUAGGAUUACACGAGAUGGCUUCAAUGAAAUUUUAGCUAAUGCUUACACGGUUGAGUUCCAGAAAGCAAAAAAGGUUCAAACACAAGAUCUGAAAGUCCGCCUUCAGUGGGAUCCUGAUCAUAGCCCUACCUAUGCUAACCAGACAAGGAAAGCCAUUCAACUAGGACUGAAAGGAGAGAUGCUGCAGAAGUAUAGCAGUGAUUGGAUUGUUAAUAUCACAGACAUCACAGAUUUAGUGAAAAGUAUGAAACAUGAUUUGGACACUGGUGGAACAGAAAAGCUUUGGACUCCAAAAGAAAUUGUGUACAAUGUUAGUGACAAAGCAACACGUCAAAGGAUAAAUUUGUCAAAUGACUCUGAAGAAGAUCCCUCUUCAGAAGUCAAAAGUUUCAAUGCAGCAACUUCUCAAACGGUAUCUGACCCAGAUACAAAAUCAUGAAUAUUUGUCAUUUCUUGUAUGUAGAUUCUUCAGUAGGUUGAUCAACUUGUGAAUCCUGGUUCAUAAAAGGUUUAGUUUUAAGUGUGCCAAUCAAGAGUUUGGAUGACCUGUGUUCAAACCUUUGCCUGUUUUUGUAGCAUUUUCCUUCCCUGUGACCAACCCUUGUGUGGUUAAUUUCUGAAGGUAAUUGUUAUACUAAAUCCUGGCACGAGUUGUAAAAGGUUUGUCCUCAAUCAGGACAGACUUCCCAUGGGAGGUGACACAAUAUAUAUAAGCCAGGAGAAUAAUUGUAUUUAAUUGUAUUUUCAAGUACUGUUUCAUAUAUCUGUAUUUGUAUUCUCUGUGUCUGGAUAAAGGGACGGAUUGCUUCGAACAUUUGACAUUUUUCAUUGUUCACACUGUUUGAAUUACUUCUUUGACCCAAUUAAGCCAUGAGACUAUACUUACUAGUACAUAUACUUGAAAUCGAGGGCCUCUUCAUUAACACAAUCAAAGGUUGUUGUUUUUUUCAAAAUUUAGCCAAUGUCAUAAUGUACCUGCUGUCAGAUGUUACCACACGGCUUUGAAGUCUUUUUAAAUUAAGUCAGUGUGUCAAAAAGUAUAAGAUUACUAGGUGUAUCCUUAUUUCAUAAACAAACUAGUAGCCUCUAUCUAGACUUUUGAGUUUUCACAUUUAAAUUAUAAUCUAGCGUGUUAACCGCAUCUGUUAUGUAUAUCACACUAACUAUGAACAGGUGUAACGGAAUCUUCAUGUUAAAUCAAGAAGACAUAUGAUGAAGAAGUCAUUAAAUUUACACUUCAUGAAGGUCUGAUCUAUGAAAUAUCAUCAUCAUUGAUAUUUGACGGCCUCCAUUGGAGCAAUCAAUAUUGACAAAUUAAUACUUAUAAGUAUUUACUGUUGCAGAUUGAUUGGGGCGCUCUUUAAUUAGUCCUGACAUUUACUCUGUAACAACUGUGAUAGUUUUAGUGCAAUAGCCAAGUAAACUGUGAAGAAGUAUUGUUUACAUGUUAUAUUUCAUUGUUAGAUAUACCACUAUGAAACAAAUAUAUUUAUUGUUCAUUCGCAGAAAUCUAAUAAAAAAUCAUAAAUGCAUUUUUACUAUCAUCAGUAUUUUAACAAUCACAAUUUUCACCAGACAAGCAUGGGGCCUGUUCAGUUAUGCAGACAAACCGUUAACGUUUCAUCAGUUUUUAAAUGUAAUAUUUCAAACAUUUAUCUUGACGGACCUGCAAAUGUUAAUACAGGCUUUGGAAGUCUUUGUCAAGGCUCGUCUGAAAACAAUAUAAAAUCACCAGGUCUGUCUUUAUUUCAUAAAUGAACAACACUGGUCCAAGUGGUAUAUAACCGUCUGGACCGCAGAAACGAAAACGGCCCUGAUCACUGUCCCUGAAAAUUCUUCUUGAAGAAAUCUUGGAAUUUGAUGACUCCAUGUUUGUAUUACUAUAGUAACCAUGUAUGAUAACACUGUGCCUAGUUAGGUGGUCAGUGGAAAUGGCACUCAUAUUUUAAAAACUGUCAGAAGAGCUAUCCGAGUUUUCUUCAGUGCCCAGGUUUCCCCCACAGUAUAUAUGACCCUUUGCAUGCUUCCAUCCGGACCAAUAGGAUUAGUUCCAGUUUAAUUAACUUGUUUUGCAAAUUUUCAAAGUGAAUUUCAUAUUGCAUAUUGUUAUAAUUAUAUUUCUUAUCAUAGUCUAAUCUGUUCUGUAUAUUUUACAAUACUUUAUAUUCAGCAGAGAGAGAAAAAAUGAAAUUGGUCAGAUCUGAUCAUAUGAUCAUUUAAGGCUUAUUCAAUAUCAUAUGUAUACAUAUAUACAUUUUAUGUUUACAAUUGUUAAUUUUAUAUUUUUACACUUAAUUAACAUCUAUGAUAAUAAAUUGGUUUCUGACUGUAGAUGUGGUAUGUGCUGAUUUUAAUUAUAAUUGAUAUUUGAUCAAUGAAUAGACUGGAAGUGAAAGUUCAUAUUUGAAUUUUGUGAAUUUCUUUCUCAUGUAUUUGGGAAGCCAGAGAUAUUAUGAUUGGUAUAUUUUCAGACUAGUAGAAUUGAUGAGCAAGUUCAUUAACAAACUAAUAAAGUAAAUGAUGAAAACAAAGGAAAACUUUCCUACAUCCAUUUAGUGUUUUGAGA